AAGCCAGUAGAAAAGCCAGCUCAAAGGUAGGAGUGGCAAGUGGUAGAAAAAAGGGAGAAGCAAAGUAAACUUGAUACUGCUAAUGCUCAAAUGGAGCAGCUUGCCUCAAACCUGGUUGAGAAGGAUAUUCCAGUCAUCCAUUCCACUUCAACUUUGGUUAGAUCAGUACCAGAUGCUGCUCUUCCAAAUAAGGAUGUUCACACCUCAAAUUCUUUUUCUGCUUUGGGUGACGCCAUUAUGAAUCCUAUUAUUGACAUAAGUGUGAAUCCUGUUAUUGAGACUAGAAUGGCCAGAGCUGCUUCCCAAGGUGUUGCUGCUGUCACCAAGGCAUUGUUACCAAGGCAGAGGCAGCAAAAGAAGAAGUCAAAUUCCUCAAGUGAGACAUUAUGGGAUGAAUUAAUUCUUUUUAGCCAGGCACUACUUGCUGUUCCAUGGCUAGUGGGAGGGGAUUUCAAUGACAUAAGAUCUCCCUCAGAAAGAUCAGAUGGAGCAAGCAUCUCAAAAGAAUCUCUUUCUUUUCAUGAUAAGCUUAAUGCUGCUGAGCUCCAUGACAUUCCUUCCUCGGGCACUAAUGCAGAAUUUUUGCCCCCUGGCUGCUCAGACCAUUGUGCAGGUUUGGUAGGUAUCCAAGCCCCUGAAGUUAAUAAUCGAAGGAGGCCAUUUAAAUUCUUCAACUUCUGGAUCAAGAAUGAGAAGUUUUUGGACAUAGUGAAGCAAGUCUGGGAAACAACUCAAGUGCAAGAAAUGGUUCAGGUUAAGCAUGAUCAGGUUCAAAAAGUUGCGACUCCACAAUUGGCUGAGGAAUCAUUCUACAGGCAAAAAUCACGAAUAAAAUGGUUACAAGAGGGUGAUAGCAAUACCACCUAUUUUUAUAAGCUACCUGUAGAUAUGGCAAACUCUCUCAUCCAUCCUGUUACAGAGGAAGAGAUUAAGGUUGUGGUUUUCUCAAGUCCUGGAAAUAGGUCUCCUGGCCCAAAUGGUUUUACAGCAGAAUUUUAUAAAGCUGCCUGGUCUAUUGUGGGUGACUUAGGUGUCAAAGCUAUUAAAGAAUUUUUCUCCUCUGGUCAAUUGCUAAAGGAGGAAAUUGUGAAACACUACCAUAAGCAGUGCUUGAGCCCCAGAUGUACUCUGCAAAUUGAUUUAAUGAAAGCCUUUGAUUCAGUAUCUUGGGAUUUUAUAUUCCAAAUUCUACUCUCUCUUGGCAUUCCCAGUCAAUUUGUCAAUCUGGUUAAAGCCUGUGUGACUACUCCUAAAUUUUCUGUGGUUUUCAAUGGAAAUUUAUGUGGUUACUUCUCAGGAGAGAAAGGAGUUAGGCAAGGGGAUCCCUUAUCCACAUACGUUUUUGUGGUAUGCAUGGAGGUCCUUUCUCAUAUGUUGAACAAAGCCGCUGAGGAAGGAAAAUUUGCUUAUCACCCUAAAUGCAAAAAUGUGCAGCUUACACACUUAUGUUUUGCUAAUAAUCUCAUGAUAUUCACAGAUGGUAGCCUAGCCUCUCUAAAUGCAAUUGAUGCGGUCUUGACGCAUUUCUAUAAGGUUUCUGGCCUGAGAGUGAACUAUGCUAAGUCAGAAUUGUUCUGUUGUGGGUUAUCUACAUCACAUACCCAGUUGCUUGUUGAAAAAUUUGGUUUCAAGAUUGGUACACUGCCAGUAAGAUAUUUAGGAGUACCAUUGAUCACGGGGAAGCUUGCAAAGAUGGAUCUCAGGCCUUUAGUCUCUAAAAUCACUGAGAAAAUGUCCUCCUGGGCUGCUAAACAUCUCUCCUUUGCUGGUAGAUUACAACUAAUCUCCUUGAUAAUUCAAGGCAUCACCAAUUUUUGGUGUUCUGUUUUCAUACUACCUAAAGGGAUUAUUAAAGAAGUGGAAAAGAUAUGUGGCACUUUUCUUUGGAAUAAUGAAACUUGCAUUGCUAGAGGGGCUAAGGUGAGCUGGUUGCAUGUCUGUACUCCAAAACAGGAGGGGGGUCUAAGACUCCGGAACUUAGUUCAGUGGAAUCAAGCUUGCAUUUUAAAGUUUAUAUGGCUGUUAUUCUCAAAGGCAGGUUCUGUUUGGGUUGCUUGGGUCCAGGAAAACUUACUUAAGGGCAAAAGCUUUUGGUCUAUUAAUAUUCCUUCUGAUGCUUCUUGGCGAUGGAGGAAAAUUUUAAAAUUAAGGCCAUUAGCUAGAGGGCUAAUCCAGCACAUACCAGGGAAUGGUCAAAACACUUAUCUCUGGCAUGAUAAUUGGCACCCUGCUGGCCCACUGUUAGAAGUUUAUGGAAACUCUAUUGUUCAUGAUUCAGGGAUACCUUCCCAAGCUAAACUAGCCAGUGUUAUAAGUGGUAGAUUUUGGAAUUGGCCUCCUGCUAGAUCUCCCCAAUUGGUGGAAAUGCAAAUACCUCUUUUUGAUAUUCAUCCUAGGGAGGGUGAAAAUGAUUCAGUUAUUUGGUUGACCUCCCCAUCUGGAUCUUUCCAAACUGGUCAGACUUGGCAUUGGUUGAGACAUAAGCAGCCCAGGAAAGUAUGGCAUAAACUUGUUUGGUUUCCUCAUGCUAUCCCUAAGCAUAGCUUCAUAGGUUGGCUAGCCAUACUUAAUAGAUUGACUACAAAAGCUAGACAGAAGCAAUGGACCCCUACCAUCUUAGAUACUUGUAUCCUAUGAAAUAAUAACUCAGAAACUUCCGAGCACUUGUUCUUUAAGUGCAGUUAUGCUAACACAAUAUGGAGACAGAUUAGUACUAUGAUCAAUAUUCCCUUUGUGGACUCUUGGCAAGACUUAUUACAUUGGAUGGGGAAAAGGGUUAGAAGAAAAUCUUUGCUUAGCAUUUUGAUCAAACUCUCAUGGAAUGCCACAGUCUACAACAUCUGGAUGGAAAGAAACAGAAGAGUUCAUC